AUGGCAAUCGCUACCCAGGCAUGCGGAUCGAGCCUGUCUGCAGGGAUUGAGGUCGCCAUGGACAUGCAGGUCGAGGCCACCGAGGAUUUGGCUAUGUGGAUCGAAUCCGCCGCUAGGUAUUUCAUCGCGCGUCAGCUAUGUGGAUGGAAUCCGCCGCCAGGCUCUGGGGUUUUGGAGGAAAAGGAAGAAGAGGAAGAAGAGAGCCAACUCAGCAAUGCUAUUGAAGAGCUGAAAGCUACUAACUUGGACUUGACAAGGCGUUGUGAGUCUCUAGAGGAGAGCUUCAACAAGGAAAAGUCCGAAAAACAGAUCGCUGUGGAGUCUUACCUGAAAGAAAAUCAGGAAAGGGAAUCAGCUGAGAGUUCACGAGAUGUGCUAACUGUUGACCUAGAAAGGGUCACUCAUGAUGCUAAGCGGUUUAGCGAGCAGGUUUCUCAACAAGAAGCUAUUAGAGUGAAGGAAGAGCUCAGGAAAGAAGUGGAGUGCCUUAGAGUUGAGUUGAAGCAAGUUAGAGAUGAUCGUGAUCAUUCAGUUAUUCAAUUGAACAGUUUGAAUAUUGAACUUGGUAAUUACAAGGAAAAGAUUGGUAAAACUUCAAAAGAAUGUGAAAGUUUUCGCAAAAAAGUAUCUGACCUUGAGGAAACGUGCAAUACACAACAAGAACAGAUUCGGAUAUUUCAGAAGCAGCUUGCAGUUGCGACUAAGAAGUUGAAGCUCGCUGAUGUAACUGCGAUAGAGGCGAUGACAGGAUAUGAAGAACAAAAGGAGAAAAUAAAAUACCUUGAGGAGCGUUUAGCACAGGCAGAGUGUCAAAUUGUGGAAGGUGACGAGUUACGGAAAAAACUCCACAACACUAUAUUGGAACUGAAAGGAAACAUUAGAGUUUUUUGUAGAGUUUGGCCACUUCUUCAAUUUGAUGGUGAUUCCAAUGGUCCAGAAGGUGCCUCUAUCUCUAUUCCAACAUCUGUAGAGUCUGCUGGACGUGGUAUUGAUUUGAUAAGCCAAGGUCAAAAGCUCUCCUUCUCAUAUGACAAGGUUUUUUACCAUGAUGCUUCACAGGAAGAUGUGUUUGUGGAAAUAUUGCAACUAGUCCAAAGUGCCCUUGAUGGGUACAAGGUAUGCAUAUUUGCAUAUGGUCAAACUAGAUCUGGUAAAACUUAUACAAUGAUGGGUAAACCAGGAAUUGAUCAAAAAGGGAACAUCUAG